AUGACUGUCACUUACUCCAGUAAAGUAGCAAAUGCAACUUUUUUUGGAUUUCAUAGGUUGCUCCUCAAGUGGAGAGGCAGCAUCUACAAGCUGCUGUACAGGGAAUUUAUUGUUUUUGCUGUUCUCUACACAGCUAUCAGUCUGAUGUACAGAUUGUUACUUACAGGAGCCCAAAAACGUUACUUUGAAAAAUUAUCAAUUUACUGUGACAGAUAUGCUGAACAAAUUCCAGUAACCUUUGUGCUUGGGUUUUAUGUCACUCUGGUGGUGAACCGGUGGUGGAAUCAGUUCGUGAAUCUGCCUUGGCCGGACAGGCUCAUGUUCCUCAUCUCCAGCAGCGUUCACGGGAGCGACCAGCACGGGCGCCUGCUCAGAAGGACGCUGAUGCGCUACGUCAACCUCACGUCCCUCCUCAUCUUCCGCUCGGUGAGCACAGCCGUGUACAAAAGGUUCCCAACCAUGGACCACGUGGUCGAAGCAGGUUUUAUGACAGCCGAUGAAAGGAAAUUAUUUGACCACCUCAAAUCUCCUCAUCUGAAAUACUGGGUUCCCUUCAUUUGGUUUGGAAAUCUUGCAACUAAAGCCCGGAAUGAAGGCAGAAUAAGAGACAGCGUAGAUCUACAAUCCCUGAUGACUGAGAUGAAUCGGUACCGCUCUUGGUGCAGCCUCUUGUUUGGUUAUGACUGGGUCGGCAUUCCACUGGUUUACACACAGGUUGUCACUCUCGCCGUCUACACGUUCUUCUUCGCGUGCCUGAUCGGACGGCAGUUCCUGGAUCCCACCAAAGGCUAUGCAGGGCAUGACCUGGAUCUGUACAUUCCAAUCUUCACCCUCCUCCAGUUCUUCUUCUAUGCAGGAUGGCUCAAGGUUGCUGAGCAGCUGAUCAACCCUUUUGGGGAAGAUGAUGAUGAUUUUGAAACGAACUGGUGCAUUGACAGAAACCUGCAGGUCUCUCUUUUAGCUGUGGACGAAAUGCACAUGAGUCUACCCAAGAUGAAGAAGGACAUUUACUGGGACGAUUCUGCAGCUCGGCCACCGUACACACUGGCAGCUGCUGAUUACUGUAUACCCUCAUUUCUGGGCUCAACAGUUCAAAUGGGGCUGUCCGGGUCUGACUUCCCCGAAGAGGCCUGGCUGUGGAACUAUGAGAAGCACGGCCACCGACAUUCAGUGAUGAGGAGAGUCAAGCGCUUCCUGAGCACCCACGAACACCCCGGCAGCCCCAGGAGGAGGAGGAGUUUCGGCAGGCAGGCCAGCGACAGCUCCAUGUUCUUCCCACACAGCCCGGCUCGGGAUCUGCUGGACGUGCCUUCAAGAAGCCCCAGCCGAGGCUCACCCACCCGGAAGCAAUCCCCCUCCCGAGAGGGCAGCCCUAAGCUGCACUCCAGCAUGGGAGAACUGUCCACCAUCCGGGAGACCAGUCGUGCCAGCACUCUGCAGAGCCUGAGCCCUCAGUCCAGUGUGAGGGCCUCUCCUACCAAAAUGCCCCAGGUCCCCGAGGUCCUGAUCACAGCAGCCGAAGCACCGGAGUCCUCAGCAGACGGCCAUCAUCAUGACUCCACCGCCUCCAUCCUGAGCCUCGAGUUCACUGGGGUGCAGCCAAGCACGACCGAGCAGCACACAGACCUGGCGGGAAAGGCGGCGCCGCUCGCAGACCUCAAUCCCCAGACUGUUUCAACCGGCACUGAAAGAGACUUGUUCAAGUUCGAGGACGAUCCAGAUGACGACAGAUUCCUCAAGCGGUGGAGCCUUCCAGAGUUUACAGAGUCCAGGCACACCUCCCUGGGAAACUUAGGUCCAGAUCCUUUGAAUUCCGGGGCUGCUUUUUCACUUGACACAGAAACAGCCUCAGAGACCGGUGCAAUCCAUUCCGGGGCUGGCUCUGGGGUCUCUCCCGACAUCCUGUACUUAAUGGAAGGCUUGGAUAAGGAAACUGACAUCCUGGAGUUUAACAACGAGCACACUGAAGAAUCCCCUAAAGGAAUGACCCAGCGCCCCAGAACCUGGUUCUAGCCCAGCUUCCUGCUUUAAACAAAGCUGUCCACCAGUCUGGGAACACCCUCAGGAGCUGGGGAGCUGGCUAGCUUGUAUUUGCAAGCUACAUAGAACUCUGAAGGGCAUUACAUUAAGGUCCUACAAAACAAAACAAAACAAAAAAAUCACACAUCCACAUUGUCUAGCACAAAGGGGCCUUCAUGGAAGUUACAUAGACUGAAGCAAAUCACCAUCAUACAAAUGCAUAUGGCGUAUUCACCCACACAUGAUUAGCUUUGGAAAUGGCCAUACAGAUCAUAGUCCAGGCCCACAGAAACAAAGGCCCAGACACAAAGGGUCCUGUUCUUUCCUGUUCCCUCCCACACCUCUCUCUUUCCCUCCGGCUACAGAGACAAGAGAUGCCAUGCCCAGAGGCCCUUCUCGGCUUAGAGUUGUUCCCCUGAAGCUCCCUGACCAUCUUGCUCCCGCUUCCUGUAACCAUUACGGUUAUAGACGAUUAUUGUUAUUGUUUCCAUCUUUCCAUAACUCUUAGUCUCCCUCCACAUCAGAAAGUUCCAUUUUUCUUCAGUAGCUGUCUCAUAUGUGUCUGGACUUUUUUUCUCUUCCUCUUUCCUCUCUUACCUUUUUCCUCUUCCCUGUCCCCCUAGUUUAGCUCCUCCAGUGACGCUACUCUGUCCCUCUUUCCAGGUUAUAAUAUCUUCUCUUUCCAACUCUGUUGCUUACCUCUUGUCAGGUAUCCAAACCUGGAGACCCUGGCGAAGCCUGGUAGGGGAACCUAACACACCCGCCCUCCUGUGGCCCCAGCCUUGCAGUAAGAGGUGUAUGCAGGUUGAUGGCCUCCACCGCUAUCUGAAACCUGCUGCUUCUGCUCUUUCAUCUUGAACGCCAAAGGAAAAAAAUGAAGCUAAGAUGCUAUGAAAACUGCAUAGCCAAGCACUACAUCGCCAAAGGACAGCCUGGCUUGGAAAUGCUGAGCUCACGCACAGUCUUAAGCAAAGCUAUUCCAAUUGUUUCACAGCAUGGGACCAGUUCUUGCGUCUACUGAGUUGUUUUUAUGUGAAGAAGGAUAUUAGAGCUGUGUGGAUGGCAGGGUCCAUGACUGCAUGAUGAAAACAGAUUGUUGCCAACCUCCUCUCUGAAGCCCGUAGGUUAGGUUUUGCAAUCGAAAAGCUUUGCCUUCUGAGUGCUAGCCUUCCCACCUGUCACACAAUGAAACCUGACCCAUGGCUUCAGAGGCAAGAAACCCUAAUAAUGACCGCUGGUUUGGCGCCUCAGUGAUCCUUGCGGUCUCAUCUGAAGUCCACAGACGAGCUCACAAUGCUUGAAAAGAGUCCUACGAGACCAACAUACCAUUAGCUAGCUCCACUUUAAAGAUGAAGAAAACAGAGGCAUCGGGGAACUGAUUUUCCUGAUGGCUCAAGAGUCCACAUUUCCUCAUUGUGCCAUGCUGUCUAUAAGGCCCCGACUCUGCUAUCCAUUUGCCCCAAAUUCUAGAGGAUGCUCCAAAGUGGCUAAUAGUAGGUUUUGGCCAAAUCCCUCCAUCCUUGGAGACCUCUCAUGAUCCUCCCUGCUCAAGACAAUCUUCAGUCACAUAGGAGAGCAGAGCUUCUGUCUUUAAACUUAGCCAGGGUCCCCUCCACGUGUCACUCUAAAAGAAAGCUGGCAGGAGCCUCUUAUUCCUUCCCCCACUUCUUCAUCCUGAUGGCCCAUGACCACAUACACAGGAGACCUCAAAUCUCAAAUGCCUAUCAAGGGGCAAGAGCAAUGACCCCUGCCUUAACUGACUUUUCUUAGAGGACUGAAAUGAUAUGCUAUUACAAGAAAUGCUGUACAUUGAUGGUUCUCUAUAUUAGUCCACACCAUCAGCUCCUGAGAAAGGACUAGUUCCCCAAAGUACCACAUAUAGACAGACUAUGGGCUCAAGCCCCAUUACACUUCUAAAAGGCCAGAGCCCCAACCUUCUCCGGUCACCAUGGUCUUCUUACACUUUUCCCGAGUACUGCAGUAUAAGCCUCCUCCCUAUCCUCUUCUCUUUAGCUCUAUCUAUUGUUCAAAUACAAAUAAGUUUCUGCUUAGCUGCCCUUGAGUUAUAAUCAAUUUUCAUUUCUAAAUCCAAAGUUAUCAGCUGUGCAGAGAUAGAAGGAUAGUUUUAUGGAGAGAUGGGAAGAUGUUCAUUUAUCUCUAUUCUCAUGCAUCUCUUAUACCCCUUUAUUCCUAAGACUUAUUUAAGUUCCUCGAUAUUUCUUCAGAUUUUGAGAUGGUGUCCCAUUUUCUCCUCACACUGAAAACUGAAUUAUGACUUGCUCUAGGAGCCCAGAUGCAGAAACCCUUCCAUCCUAAAAUGAGCCUUUAUCCCGCAACAGCCAGGGCUGCAAAAAGAAAAAAAAAAAAAUUAUUCUAUUCUGCCUGGUUUUUUUUUUUUUUUUCCUUUUUCUUUUUUUUUUUACCUGCCUAGAUAACUUCCCCCUUAGCUCUAGGAAAUUCCACCUUAGAGACAAAUAGCCGUAUGUCCCUGUGUCUUAAUCUUGAGGGUUUGACCAAUGCAAGAAAAGGCUUAGCCUCGUGUCUCGCCAUGUGCAUAAUGUGCGUGUCAUAAUGUGCAUGUCAGGGUAUGCAGUGAGGCCAAGCCCUUUGCGUGUUUUUUCCCUGCUCCUAGAGAGAGCUCUGCCCUGAUUCCUGGGUUCAGUUUCAAUAUGGUUAAGAGCCCAUCAACUUUUCCUCUCCUGUCCACGCAUUUAAAACUUCCUGGUUUAUGGCUUCUUCAUUGUCCCAUCUACCCAAUCCAUUGCUUCCAUUACUCUGGGUAGUCACUUUCGCCCUUGUCCAGCCAAGAGGUAGAAAACAUAGAUGAAAUGGAAUGGGGGAAAUACAAAAUUUACCAUCAGUAUAAGGAAAAAACAUCUAUGUAUUAAUAACCUCCGAAAAACUUCAAAAACUCGAACGAAGCCUGGUAUGGUGGCACAUGCCUAUAAUGCCAUCACUCAAAAGGCUGAGGUGGGUGAAUUAGAAGUUCAAAGUCAACCAGGUCUAUACGAUGUGUUCAAGGAUAGCCUGGGCUACAUAGCAAGAUCUUCUAUAAAAUCCAAACCAAAACAAGCAAACAACAGAAAAACUUUGAAAAAGAAAAAGGGAGGCAGGAAAUUGAACAAAUGUGUGUCUUUUCCAACCAUCAGAUCCUCAUCUACCAAAUGGGGGCUCUCUAGAAGGUUUCACAGCCAUUGUUAGCCAUGGAAGGGAAAGGCUGGGACCUCAGAUUGUCCUGUGUGACCAAUAAGUAUGACAGUGAUUGGUUUUCCAAGAAUUCAUUGCAAACUUCUCUUCUCACUGUGGUAACCUGUUCUUCAGGGUCCCCUUUUCUCUGAGAUUCUAAUCUCUUUCAUUUAAGAAGAUUUUCUUGUAACAUUCACUGAAUUAAGCCUCCAACUUAACUGUUUUGUCACUCUCUUCGAACUUUUUUUCCUCUUUCUGAUGCUUCCCAGCUUCUAUCAUCUUCCUUCUUUCUGGCAUUUCUCACCAUUCCUUCACACACACACACACACACACACACAUACUCUGCAUCCCACGGCACAUCACCACAGCCAUGAAUUUCUCAUCUAACUCAUAUGUAUUAAUCUCCCCCAUCAAAAUGUGGGAUCAGAUAAAAAAUUAAUUUGCAUGUGUUCAUUCCUCUCUAAAUCUAGAGGACACUGCGUUCAAAGCCGGUGGGGUCAUCUUAGGAAAGCUGCUCUCCUCAAAGCUGGUCCUAUAUCAGCUAAUUAGCAGUAAUACUAGUGUAAAAACAAAAACAAAAGCCAAAGCAAGAGCAAGUCAGAAUCUAAUUUCAUCUACCCGUCCCUCACCACAACCAUCUACACACGUGGUCACCAGCAAACACUGAUGUCUGUGCAGCCGAUGGAGAUAAGUCUUUUUGUCUGACUGGACUGUCUCAGGGGAUACCUCAAGCCUUUCCACAUUUUUUCCCUUAGUUCUGUGAACCCAAUUUUUAGGACAGUUUUCUCGCUGAUGGGGCCACUGAGUUGAAAGAACCAAGUGAACAAUACCAGGCUUCUUUGACUACAAACCCUAAAAUCCAGAAGUCCCCAACCUGCUGGCAAAGCUUUAGAACCAUGAUCUGACUUGACUCCUUCACUGCACCCUAUGCCUUCCUUCAGCCUCCCCGAAUGUGCAGUCAGCAUGUUCCUGGCUGUGGCAAAUGUGAAAUGAAAGUAAAUUCCCUACAAAAACUCAGUUGACUCAGAGCAGAGGUUAAAUUUUUUGUUUGAUCUUCUUUGUUUCUGAAUUGAUUUAGAAAAUGGGGCCAAAUCUGCCUUGUACCACAAGUGGGCUUAGCCCCAGAGUUCCAUCUCUAUGGAACCGUCUUCUCCAAGCUUCUAAUUUGCCUAACAGAGAUAACAAAGGGAAACUACACUUUGUGUCCUGAAAACAAAUAAGACAUUUCUCAAAUUGGUUUUGUGCAGAUUUCCUGACCUGUUCCAAGUUCUCUGUCUGGGCUAGCGGCUCUCAGCCACAUGUGAUCUUGUACCCAGGAGACACUGGGAAGUGUCAAGAAACAUUUCUGACCAUGAUAACAGAAGUAUUAUUGGCAUGUAGUGAAAGAGGCCAGUGAUGCCACUGAACACCCCGCAACACACAGGACAGACACCUCAGGCAUCUGAGAAAACAAAU